AUGGCUCUAUCCGCCAACAGAAGACAUAGCCACCCAAGCCCAGUCGGCUGGAAGCACUUCGAACAUCCUAGCCCCACUGGCCACUUCUGGUCCAAAUCAGUCAGAGAUGCCAAUUCGUCCUCUCCCUUACAGAUACAUUACGGCAUAAGUAAACGCCAAAGAGACCCCAACGGACCAAAUUGCUUCUUCAACUGCAACCUGUUGCCACGCACGUCCGACAUCUCAAAAGAAGACAUCGCAAUCUUGUGCUGUAGCGUCGCAAGUUUUGCAAGAGGGCAUCGUGGCUCCUCUCAGGGCUACUGCAACUGUACUUUUCUAGAUUUGAAACAAGGAAACAAGUGUGUUAAAAGUGGCAGAUGGGCUUUUAGGCUUCUUUGUUGGGUGGAUGCGAUGUUGGUGAGGCGGUAUGUGCGGCAGCACGAUAGCCUUUGUUCUUGCCGAUGUUUCGAUGUGAGGGUUUUGGGUUCUGAUCUCCCGCCGUAUUCGAGAGUGUAA